AUGACAAAGCUCCUGGCAGUUUUGGGUGUUCUGCUCACCCUGCACAUGGCAACAUCUAAUAGGCUGAUGUGUCACAUGACCAACUGGGCCCAGUACCGACCCGGCAACGGGAAGUUCACCCCGGACAACAUCGACCCGUUCCUCUGCACGCACGUCAUCUACGACCUGGUCACCAUCAACUCCCUCAACCAGAUCGCUCCCAUCGAGUGGAACGACGAGCAGCAGUUUGUGCGUCUCAACCUCCUCAAGAAAGUAAACCCCGGCCUGAGGACUCUGCUGACCGUGGGAGGGACAGUCCAUGGAAUCAGCCCAUACAUCUCGGUGGUCUCCAAACCAGAGAGCCGUGCCACAUUCAUCCGCUCCGUCCUCGCCUACCUGAGGACUCACAACUUUGAUGGACUGAACGUGCACUGGGACUACCCCGGCCACAACGGAAGCCCCGUGGACGACCGAGAACGCUUCACUCUGCUGCUGUCGGAACUGGCCAAAGCCUUUGAGGUGGAAGCCGGGGACAGCAGGAAGUCCCUACUGCUGCUCUCCGCUGAUCUGGGAAGUUUCCGCAGCACUGUUGACCGAGCCUACGAAGUCAGCAAGAUCGCAGGACACUUGGACUUCCUGAAUCUGAAGACCUAUGAUUUCCACGGAAGCUGGGAGCCCUUCACGGGACACAACAGCCCUCUCUACGGAAGCGCAAUGGAUUCUGGGUCGUUCAUUCACCAUAACAUCAACUCCUCGGUGUCCCACUGGCUCGCCGGAGGAGCGCCCGCGGAAAAGAUCAACCUCGGAUUCCCAACAUACGGCCGCACGUACCGCCUCAGCUCCGGAGCCAGCGGCCUCGGGGCCCCAGCCAUUGGUGCGGCAGAGGCAGGCCCCUAUACUCGCACUGCGGGCUUCUGGUCCUACUACGAGGUGUGUUCCUUCAUUUCCGGUGGGACCGUGGAGUGGAUCGACGAGCAGCAAGUCCCCUACGCCCACCAAGGCAGCGCCUGGGUCGGCUACGAUGACAGACGGAGCUUCUCUUCAAAGGUCCAGUACAUGACCACCAACAACUUGGGUGGAGCUCACGUGUGGACAAUGGACAUGGAUGAUUUCAGCGGCACGUUCUGCGGAGACGGGACUUAUCCACUGAUCAACCACCUCCGGAUGUCCAUGGGAUUUGGACCCAAGCCGACCACCACCCCGGCCCCCACCACCACCCGGGACCCCGUGGCGGACUUCUGCAGGGGCCGUCCCGAUGGCCUGUACGAGAAUGCCGCGGACAAAACCACCUACUUCCAGUGUUUCCAAGGCAACACUUACCUGCACCGCUGCCAGCCCGGCCUCAUCUACUGGGACUCCUGCAAAUGCUGCAACUGGCCCUGA